AUGGAUUUCUUAAACUCAUCUGAUCAAAACUUGACCUCAGAAGAACUGUUAAACAGAAUGCCAUCCAAAAUUCUGGUGUCCCUCACUCUCUCUGGGCUGGCCCUGCUGACGACGACCAUCAACUCCCUUGUGAUUGCUGCAAUUAUUGUGACCCGGAAGCUGCACCACCCAGCCAACUAUUUAAUUUGCUCCCUUGCAGUCACAGAUUUUCUUGUAGCUGUCCUGGUGAUGCCUUUCAGCAUUGUGUAUAUUGUGAGAGAGAGCUGGAUUAUGGGGCAAGUGGUCUGUGACAUCUGGCUGAGCACUGACAUCACAUGCUGCACGUGUUCCAUCUUACAUCUCUCUGCUAUAGCUUUGGAUCGGUAUCGGGCAAUCACAGAUGCUGUGGAGUACUCCAGGAAAAGGACUCCCAAGCAUGCUGGCAUUAUGAUUACAAUUGUUUGGAUUAUAUCUAUUUUUAUCUCUAUGCCUCCUUUAUUCUGGAGGCACCAAGGAACUAGCCGAGAUGAUGAGUGCAUCAUCAAACAUGACCACAUUGUUUCCACUAUUUACUCAACGUUUGGAGCUUUCUACAUCCCAUUGACAUUGAUUUUGAUCCUCUACUACAAAAUAUAUAAAGCAGCAAAAACAUUAUACCACAAGAGACAAGCAAGUAGGAUUGCUAAGGAGGAGGUGAAUGGCCAAGUCCUUUUGGGGAGUGGUGAGAAAAGCACUAGACUAGUCUCCACACCCUACAUGCUAGAAAAAUCUUUAUCUGAUCCAUCAACAGACUUUGAGAAAAUUCAUAGCACAGUGAAAAGCCCCAGGUCUGAAUUCAAGCAUGAGAAAUCUUGGAGAAGGCAAAAGAUCUCAGGCACAAGAGAACGCAAAGCAGCCACUACCCUGGGAUUAAUCUUGGGUGCAUUUGUAAUAUGUUGGCUGCCUUUCUUUGUUAAAGAAUUGGUUGUUAAUGUCUGUGAAAAGUGUAAAAUUUCUGAAGAAAUGUCAAAUUUUUUGACAUGGCUUGGCUAUCUCAAUUCCCUUAUAAAUCCACUGAUUUAUACAAUCUUUAAUGAAGACUUCAAGAAAGCAUUCCAAAAGCUUGUACGAUGCCGAUGUUAA